AUGGACGGGGUUUCCAGGGAAGCCCAGAUGUCGAUCGCUGCUUCGUCCAUGUUUCCUGGCUUCAGAUUCUGCCCCACCGAUGAGGAGCUGAUUUCUUAUUACCUUAGGAAGAAAUUGGACGGGCAUGAAGAGAGUGUUCAAGUCAUUUCUGAGGUUGAGCUCUGUAAAUACGAGCCUUGGGAUUUACCAGCCAAAUCGUUCAUUCAAUCAGAUAACGAAUGGUUCUUCUUCUCUCCCCGUGGAAGGAAGUACCCAAAUGGUUCACAAAGUAAAAGAGCGACUGAAUGUGGAUACUGGAAGGCCACCGGCAAAGAGCGUAAUGUGAAGUCAGGUUCUAACGUUAUAGGAACAAAGAGGACUUUGGUGUUCCACUUGGGACGUGCACCCAAAGGGGAAAGGACUGAAUGGAUUAUGCAUGAGUACUGCAUCAAUGACAAGUCUCAGGAUUCUUUGGUCAUUUGUCGGCUGAAGAGGAACGCAGAGUUCCGUUUGAGCGAUCAUUCGAAUAGAGCUUCUUCAAGUCAAUGGCGUCCCGUGAAUUCACAUGAAAGUGGUUGUGCCAUCUCAGAAGUUGGUGGUAUAGAUCAAAGGGAUGCUAGUGAGCAAGACAAAGAGGUAGGAUGUAGCUCCAAGAGGAGCAGUAGCAGUUACGGUUCUCCUUCCAAUGAACAGAUAGAUUCUGUCUCCGAAUCCAAUCAUCGACCAGUUAAUGAAGCUACUUUGACAGCAUCUUCAGAUCAACCAAAGGAGGUGUAUGAAGAGGAUUGUUACGCUGAGAUACUGAAGGAUGAUAUCAUAAAAUUAGAUGAAUCAUCAAUCUCGGCAGAUGAUCACACACGACCACAGGAACCAGCACAAAUGAAUCCUGCACAAGGCACAGCACAACGGAGAAUAAGAUUAAGGGUUAGGAAUUCAAAGCCUUCUUCCCCUGCAGUAGUUGGUUUCCCAAGCACAAUAAUGCCCUCGUCAAAGAGUACCUUCUUUGCUGGAAUAACCAACAGUUUGGUGGUACUUGUGUUCUUGGUUUUCACUUUGAUAUUUUUGGUCUUUGUUGCGUGGAGUCAAACAAGUGAAGUGUUAUGA